UCAGUUCAUGCUGCAGCUAGCAUGGUUACUGGCCAUUCCAAAUGUAAAGUUAGGCUUAUCCAUGGCUCUGCAUGAAUUACAGUUGCUCUGAAGCUAUGGCUUGGAAUUCUGAUUGCUUUGGUGACCAUCUUCUUGGAUGUGGUCAUGGUUCUUUACGUUCUAAACGCAUGAGGCACCGAGGGACAUCAUAUAUCACGCAUUACUGGUGGAUAAUGAAGGCGCUCAGCUUGAGCAACAUUGUGGUCCAGACACCAAUAGCCACCCUGGAGAUAUCUUUAUCCAGACUCUGAUGAUGGACGACCAAAUUAUUUUGAUGUUUUAUGAGAAACACCAUGCAGCCGGCGUACGUUGCUAAAUCUGCCACUUCUGCUGGAGCUGCAAUGGCUGGUGAAGAAGAGAAAGACCAUUGACACGACAGCGAAGUCAAUGCCGGUGGAGUCGUUUGGUUUGUGGAUGCCUUCUGGUCUUGCCACUUUGAAGGUUAUCGCGUCCAAGACCACGGCAAACAGCAGAAUAACUUUUAGUAGGGCAGUCAGUAACUUACUGCAACAGCUUUCAGUUUGCUUAUUUCAGUUUAAUGCACAUAAGAUUUGCACUAGUUUACGAUUUGACACUGAGUUUGACUUUUGGGAUUUGCCAACUUUGGCAGGGGACAGGUAGUUGUUCUCUGCAAUAAGAACAUAUUAAUAGGUAAUGUACAAGUUGAAGAAAACAAGAAAGAUGAAGAUGAAGAUAAGCUAGUAUAUAUUGAUGAGUAUAGCAGAAGUACCAUAUAGAUAUUUGUUUAGGUAGGCAUGAAAGUAGAAGUGUUAGAUGCCGAAAGCAAUAAAAAGAAGAGACACGGCACCCUUGCAAGGGCUGAAAGCAAUAAAGUGGCUUCUCCAGUCACCAAAGGCAACUGCCUACACUGGCUGCAUUGGCAAUGAUGUGUUUGGUAGAAAGCUGUCAGAGAGAGCAACCAGUGAUGGUGUUACUGUUAAUUACAUGAUUGACCAAGACACUGCAACUGGUACAUGUGCUGUUCUCAUCACAGGCAAAGACAGAUCAUUAGUUGCCAACUUAUCAGCUGCCAACUGCUACAAGAAAGAACACAUUAUACAAACAAGUAACUGGGCUUUUGUGGAACGUGCACAAGUCAUCUAUAUAGCUGGCUUUUUCCUUACUGUUUCAACUGAUACUAUCUUGGAAGUUGGCCAGCACUGUGCAGUGAAGCAGAAGACAUUUUGCAUGAAUCUGUCUGCUCCUUUCCUCUGCGAGUUCUUCAAGGAGCAAAUGAUGGAAGCUCUGCCUUAUGUUGACAUUCUUUUUGGAAAUGAAACUGAGGCUGCAACAUUCUCUCGGAUACAUGAAUUUAAGACAGAAGAUAUUUCAGACAUUGCAGUAAAGAUUUCUGCUUUACCUAAAGCCAGUUCUCAUUGCUCAAGGACAGUUGUUAUUACUCAAGGAAAGGAUCCAGUUAUAGUUGCUCAAGAUGGACAAAUCAAUAAAUUCCCAAUUGUACCACUGGACAGUGAUAGCAUACUUGAUACAAAUGGAGCUGGAGAUGCGUUUGCAGGAGGCUUCCUCAGUCAACUGGUGCAGGGAAAGCCAAUACCUGAGUGUGUCAGAUGUGGCACUUAUGCAGCAAGCAUUGUGAUUCAACAUUCUGGCUGCACGUUUCCACCCACACAAGACUAUUCUUGAUGGGAGCAUUAGUAUAUAGUGCUAGUUUCAAUUUGCAGUACAAUUGUGAUUGUACUUGUGUUACUAAUCUGUUAUGGUGUCAAAGUGGAGGAUAACGGUUGUAUUGAUAAUUCAGUAUUACAUUACAUGUAACAUACUU